AAAAUAAUGGAAAUAAAUAAAAUAUAUUUAAUUAAUUUACUGUUGUUAUUAUUAUUAAUAAAUAUAGCAACAAGUAAUAGUUGUCGUGAUGAUAAAAUACAACCAGAAUAUAAAUUGAUUAAAAAACAUUCACGUUCAAAUGAAACAAUAUUAUCAAGAGCAAAAUUGUCAAGUUUAAAACUGUGUCAAGAGUUUUCAAUAUCAAAGAAAGCAUUGGCAUUUAAUUUCCGUAAUAUCAAAAAUUCAACAAUGAAUAAUCAUGAUGUUAAUAACAAUAGACAUGAUGACACAUAUCAAUUUAACUGUCAAGCAUUGGCUUGUCCAGAAAUAAAAUCAAUGACAUCACUUGUUUAUGAUAAGCACUAUAGUUAUUAUAGUUUGUAUGAUAAUAAAACAAUGCCAAUUAAUCAGACAAUAUAUUGUUUAAAAAAAAUUGGAUUAUUUGUUUAUUAUGAAGAUGUUAAUAAUUAUAAAAAUGCAAAAUUAACAUGUGAUAAUAUUCAAGCAAAGUUGGCAAGUAUUGAGAGUUAUGAAAAAAGUGAAAAUUUAUCGAAAUUUAUUUUUAAUAAAGCUACAUUUGUUGGAUUGAUUAAUCAUGGAAAAAUACGUCGUUGGAAAAAUGAUUUUGAUGAAUCUUUGAGUUGUUUUAAUUUUCGAAGUUGGGCACCUGAUGAACCAUCAUCGAGGGGAUGUGUUGCAUUGAUACGAUCAAAAAUAAGAGGUAAUUAUCAUGGACUUUGGACAGUUGUUCCUUGCUCACAAUCAUUACCAUUUAUAUGUGAAAUAAUACCAGAAUAUUUGAUGGAAAAAAAUUUAAUAAAUGACAAAUAAUU